AUGGCUUUUGUUAACGAGGUUAAGAGCAGCACGAUAACUACUUUUGCUAACAAGAUGAAGAACAGAACAACUGAGCCUCUUGUUAAUAUAACUAAUAGUAACGAAAUUACUCCAUUGAACAACAAAACUAAAACUAACAAAGUCCGGUGGAAGUUAUCCGAAGCCCCUCAACAAUUACUUCAGUUAUUCAACGACACAAAUGCGGUUAGUGUUGGUGAUAAUAUGUUAUCAAAUAAUGGCGGCAGUAAUUCUCCAAGUACGGUAAACUUUUCCUAUGAAUACUCAACAAAUUUUGACGGUACAACAGAACCUCAAUUACGUAGCUCAAAUGUUAAGAAAUCGAAACGGUAUUCAUUCAGAAAGCAACUGUAUCCGCGAAGAUCACCAGAUUCUUCGUCAGAUGAUGAUGAUUACGUGUUUAGAGUUAAUAUUUACGAAAUAUAUCGUAAAAAUCCGAAUCUAUUGUUAAAGACCUUAAAAGAAAGUAAAGAAGUUGAACAAAAACCAAAGGAAAAUCCAUUCGUUUUAGGUUUAAAUGAAUUGAUCUACAAGAUAAUUUUAUUAAACAUUAAUCAUACUUCUUUGAAUUUCACUAAAUGCCGUAUAACGUGGCAUCAUGGAUCUAAACCUCUCUAUAUUAAAGAUUUGGAAGGAUAUAACUUGCUUCAUGAUGAGGAACGUAAAGUAUGUUCAACGUUGCGAAUGCCACCAUUACAAUAUUUGAGAGGAAAAUUGGCAAUACUUAAUGGUGCAGAAGAAUUCCAGAGUAAAAAUAAAAUUUUCAAGAAAGUCGACGCUCAACAUUUAGUAAACUUUGAUGUAAAUAAGGCUUCUAAACUUUGGCAAUUUUUUGAUAGCCUUGGCUGGAUUUAA